AUGGUAAAAGGGCUGGUCAUACUCAUUCGUUUAGCAUGCUUUAACGCGGCCUCCGCGGAUUCCUUGGUUAAAGGCAGCUCGCAGCAGCUCGCGGUGACUUUUGAACGGGAUGGGCUUUCCUCUCGACGCUUUUUGAGAGCGCCUUUGAGCGAAGAGAGAAAGCUUGUUAUAAACUUGGCGGGUUUUGGACAAGCUACAAGUGGUACGAAGUCCUGGGCAGCAAAAAUCCUUCAGACGAUGCAACACAAAUGGUCACAGAUGCGAAAGAAAUCCGCGAACGAUAUGUUCAUCAAGCUCAAACUCCACAAAUCGGGCGACCAGCUGUUCAAGAGCCCAAGCUUUUCCAAGUGGCUCACUUACGUUCUAACAAGCAGUAAAACGAACUCCGACAUAACAAUCUUUUCCACGUUGGCAUACUAA